AUGGCCGCCCCCUACGACAUCCAGACGUACCUCCUCGACCGGGCCAAUAUCCACGACACAGUGACACGACUCACUUUCAACUGUGACCGAAAGUCGAUGGACGGCCUUAUUAAAGACGUAUACGCUCCCCAAGUCGCCCUCGACUACACUUCCAUGUUUGGCGGUCAACCGUUCGAGACGACUAAGGAGGAGUGGGCCAAAACUAUUACUUCGGCGGCGGCCAGCUUCGACAAGUGCCAGCAUAUAGUUACGGGUCUCAUCAUAGAACUACCGCAGCCCUUCAAUGGUGCUACUAGGCCUGAUAAGUGCCGGGUUUUCGCUAACGUAACCGCCCAUAUGGUUCGCCAGGCAGCGAGAGGCGGGCCUAUAAUGCAUGACGGCGUGAGUCUACUUCCUUCUACGCAAUAUCCUCGGCAUUUCAAAUUAGGAUCAGCUAACGGAAAUAUCCAUAAUCAGGCCCAAUUUGACCUCGAUGUCAUUCGGAUUCCAGAGCUGGAGCAAAAAGGAGAAAACCCCUGGCGAGUCAGCAAGCAGGUCGUCGAGGUUUAUUGGGAGCAGGGCAACAGGGAUGUCAUCGUAGACCAAGUUGCGGAUAUUGGGAAUUAG